UAAACAAUUUACUGAGAAAAGAUUCUGAGAUUGCAAUUAGCAAUGGAAAAAAUGUCUCUCAAGCUUCUCUUCCUGUUCUCCCUCACUAUCAUAGUCUUUUGUUCGUAUUUAGGUGAUUCAAGAGAGAUGGCGAAGGAAGAGGUGAACUGCUUGCCGCCGGUAGCACCUAUAAUGGACACUUACGAGACUAAUGCAUCUUGCCGUCGAGACAAUGAAUGCAUUAAGCACUGUCCUAAAGGCUGCAAGAUUGUUAACUGUAAUUUUGGAACCUGUUUCUGUGAGUGCUAAGAGAUUGAAAACCACAAUAAUUUCUAUUUUAAAGAUAGAGAGGAACAAGAGAUAAAAAAAAGUAUAUAUAAAACAAUUUUGCAGUCAAUUUAAUUGUUCUUCUUGAAAACAUAUAUCUGCAAAUAGUAUUCAAUACAACUGGAAUUUGAAAUAAUUGAGUACUAAAGGCCAACAAGUUCUCAUGUUCCAAAUAUUGUUUAAGCUCUAACAAGAGCUUCUGAGAAACCUCUGCCUCUGCAUAAUGUUUGCGCACUCUUAUUAAGAAUCUUAUGAGAGCAAAAAUCUUAUGAUAGUGUGCCUCAUAGUCAAAGUGAUUAGUUUGUAAACACAUAUUGUGUUGUGAAUACUCAUUGUCUCUUGUAUUUACUUCAUACAAUGAAUCUCAACUCUAGUUUUAUUUCCUCUACAAAAAUAAAAUCAACAUUUAUAAAGUGAUUUCCUAAAAUGAUCAAAUCUCAAGUAGGAACAAAACAAUGUGUAGUCAAAUAGUAUCUGACUGAACUUGGUAUGACUUUCAUCAGACAAAAGAUUUGAUCCCUUUUAAACUUCCUUCUACUAAAGAAGGCAACCAGAUUUUUCUCUUCAUCACCACUUGUAAAAUAAAAAUAAACAAGAAAAAGAUUCUGAGAUUACAAUUAGUAAUGGAGAAAACGUCCCUCAAGUUUGUCUUCUUGUUCUCCCCCAGAUAGCACUUUUUGUAUGCUUCUUUUUUGGCUUAUAUAUUUUGGGUUUGGCUUUGUCUUAAAACUUUCAGAUAAAAUAUUUAUUUCCUUUUAAUGUUCUUCUAUAAAAGAAGACAACGCAAUUUAACACUUACAAAAUCAAAAGAAACAAACAAACAAAAAAGUUUUGAGGUUACAAUAAGCAAUGGAGAAAACGUCUCUCAAGUUGGUCUUCCUCUUCACCAUCUCAGUCAUAGCAUUUUGUAUGCUUCUUCUAUGAUAAGUUUCUCUAUGCUACAGAGUUCUUGAUUUGAUCUUGUUUUAAAGUUUGUGGUGUGCUUGUGAUAAAGGUUCUUCUUUGGUUGAUGCAAGAGAGAUGGCCAAGGAAGAAGUGAAUUGCCUCUGUGGAAAAUGUCGUGAUGGAAAGAAGAGCUGUGAAGCACCUAUAAUGGACAGUUACGAGACUGAUGUGUCUUGCCGUAGAGACAACGAAUGCAUCAAGUACUGUCCUAAAGGCUUCAAGAUUGUAAACUGCAGCUUUGGAACCUGUUUCUGUGAGCGUUAAGAGACUGGAAACCACCAUAGUAUAUUAGUAUAUUAUCUAAUUUUAAGACAGCUAAGAAGAAGAGAUUGAUGUUUAUUGGUGUUGAAGUGAUUUAGUGUUCCUCAAAUACUGUUUUGAAGCCUCCUUUGGGGAGGUAAACUAUAUAGUAAGAUCUUACAGUAGAAUGUUUUGCUGAUCAUUAAAUCAUCAUCACCUGAAGUUUGGUUAAUACUAGCAUGUCUUCUAAGCUCAUGUGAUAUUUGCUUUCUUUGAACAUGAGAGAGAGCAUGAGAACAACCAGAGAACCAUCAUAAC